AGGCUAAAGAAAGCUAAAGUAAUUCUGUGCAACGUAUAUCAAAGAAAGAACAUACUACUUACAGAGGAAAAAAAUUACACGAGUGACGAAUACCACUAUUUAUCCGAGCGGUAUACAAGUGACACGUGAGAGAAAAAAUUCAAGUGACGGAGAGAUGAAAUCUAUGAAGUCCAAACGACGAACGAUGGAGUAGAAGAGACAGGCCAAAACAUACUCGACAGAGAAGAAGAAGAGAACAAAAGAGAACGAGAUAGCGUAUCUACAGGUGUAGUUGUCAGUGAAGAGGCAUUAUAUUAUCUUGUACCAGGUGCUGGUAGUAAAUUUAUUCAUUAACAAAGUGAAUGGUCCAUACGAAGUAGAAUGGACCGAUUGACCGAGUGGGAGGAAUUAGAGAUGAGAUCGGUGAGACACCAACAUAAGGGGAUUGUGUCAUCGGUUUGUCCGUGCCAAGUAUUGGUAAUUGCCAAACCGAUAGACAUAGAAGAUCGCAGAUCAACCGCCGAAACAUUGCACUAAUUAUUCGGCAUUGUGUUCAAUUGAUAAGAAAGAGCCGAAGAGGAUAAUACUACUAGCUAAGCUUCAGGGAAGGAGGAACAAGAAUGCAUCACAGCACUGGUUACACAAGUGGUCCACAAGAACGUGUCCAUCAGGCUUCUAGACCUGUUGGUACCACUACAGUGGACACUAAGUGCCCCUAUGAAACGUAUCCUAUACCUGAUUGCUGUGCUGCAGCAGCAGCCGCAGCACAGGAUCCAUAUCCUAGACCACCCAGCGGCUAUGACUCUAGAUGCUUCGACGAAUGCCACAGGAUCCGAACGCCUUAUCAGGAGGAUACAACGCCCCAGGACAUUCCAGCGAGUCUGCAUCGUCCCCAGUCGCGGGUCGGAUUCGAAGACCAGCGUCCGCAAUCGAGGGUUGGCUACACGAACGAAUCUCGGUGCCCAAGUAGACUUGAUUACGAUGACACGGGUGGAGGUUAUCUGGAUCAAAACGAUCCUCGGAUGUAUUGCACGGGCAACUAUUGCAUGGGAGACACGAUGAUGGCGACUGCCAGGGGCGUGUGUGGCGAAGAGGUCGAGCUCGAUAUGCGGAGACACAUUCAAGCAUGCGCCUGUACCUGUAAUCACAUGGGUUACGGCAACUACAUGGACUAUCAGACAACGUGCCUAACAGAACUGCCAGAUGUUGCGCCUUGCAAUGGUACAGUUCGCUUGCCACCAACUUGUGAAGAAUCUCCAAGCUCAGGAAGCAGCAAAGACAAUAGGGAUCAAAGUCCAAGACGAAGAUGUCGAGUUUUGGCUCCAAUAUUGCUAUUGGUUACUGCUUUGCUGUUAGGUGGACUAUGUCUACCACUUCUAUUGCAAUCUGCCCCUGUUACACAUCAGCAAAGGCUUGAUGUUAUCAGGAGAAUCCUCACUGAAGUGCCUCUUAUUGAUGGGCACAAUGAUUUGCCUUGGAACGUCAGAAAGUUUGUGCAUAAUCAACUUGGUGAAGUAAAUCUCAGCAGUGAUCUCGGUAGGGUUGACCCAUGGGCCAGAUCAGACUGGAGUCACACGGAUAUUCCGAGACUGCGCGCAGGGCUUGUUGGUGCUCAGUUUUGGUCAGCAUAUGUACCGUGUGGUGCUGCUCAACUCAAUGCUGUACAGUUAUCACUUGAACAAAUCGAUGUGAUUCGAAGACUUGCUGAAAUGAAUGCUCAGCACCUCACACUUGUUACGUCUGUUAGAGGACUGAUUGAAGCUCACAGGGAAGGUAAAAUAGCUAGUCUUAUUGGUGUUGAAGGAGGUCACUCCCUUGGAAACUCUUUGGGAGUUCUUAGGACAUUUUAUGGACUUGGAGCACGUUAUCUAACAUUGACGCAUGCUUGUGACACGUCUUGGGCAGUCUGUUCAGUCGGUGAGGUCAAUGGUACGCAAGAUAAUGCGCCUGGCCUCAGUGAAUUCGGCAAGGCAGUGGUAAGAGAGUUGAAUAGACUUGGGAUGCUGGUAGAUCUCUCUCAUGUAUCAACCAGGACUAUGAGAGCUGCGCUUCAAACCACGAGAGCACCGGUCAUUUUCUCUCACAGUGCAGCACGAGCUCUCUGCAAUUCCAGCAGGAACGUGCCUGACGACGUGCUCAGAAGUCUAGCUAAAAAUGGUGGUAUUGCGAUGAUACCGUUUUAUACAUACUUCAUAACAUGUAACAGCACCGCAACGAUAAAAGAUGUAAUCGCACACAUCAAUCACAUACGAAAGGUAGCUGGGAUCGAUCACGUGGGUAUUGGAGCUGGUUUUGAUGGAAUAAAUUUCACUCCGACUGGAUUAGAAGAUGUUUCAAGAUAUCCACAACUGUUAGCAACUCUGCUCGAAGACCCAACAUGGACUGAAGAAGACAUAAAGAAGCUUGCCGGCCUUAAUUUACUUAGAGUGUUUACAAAAGUCGAACAGGUACGUGAUGAAUGGCAGAGAGCAGCUGUAUUACCAGUAGAAAAAAUUAGCCCUCCUGAUAAUUCAGCUUGUGCAUACGGUGCUUCCUGAUCCGCUUUAAGAACUCUAGUACCAGGAUUUCUCGAUUUCGGACAUGUUCCUAAAAUUCACUAUGGUCCACCAAAUCCUAAUAUGAAAAUCGAAGUGGAAAAGGCAACGAGGCAUUUAUAACCCGAAAUUCAAUAAAUUCACUUCCUUACAAAAAAAAAUCAGCUCAUUCUUUCUAGAGGCAACUUUUUAAUUAAUGUAAAAAAAAAAUUGAAGACGUAAUCACUUUUAGAUAUAUCUGCUUUACAUCAAUUUCUCAGGUGUGCUUAGAUCAUUUGUGUUAAAUAGCUACCACCAAAAAUAAAUACGAAAUAAGGUAGAGGCAGAACUGAAAGUAUGUUUAACGAUUAAAUUAAAUUUCAUAAAUUUAAAAAAAAAAAACAUAACAUAAAGCAAAAAGCAUUGGAAAUAAGUAGAUUCAUUUAAAACGGAAGUAAUAAAAAAAAACGGAAAUCUAUUCAGUGAUUAAUAAUUUAAUAAAAAAACGUUCAAAAUAUUUCUCAUGAUAUGCAAUUAAUGAGAAAAUAAAACUGCCCGAAAAUUCGAUUUUAAUUCAAUUCAGAAUCUAACAAAUAAUAAAACACUGUAUGUAAAACUCAAUUAAAUAACCAACUGAAUCAGUUAGAGAUACAAUUGAAAUGUAAUUAAGUUGCUGAUGAAUGUAUUCUUUUACUAACUAUAUUAUAUUUAUUUACUUGUAAAAUUAAAAAAACAUCUAAAAGUAAUCAGAUAAACAAAUUGACCAUCAGUUUCAUUGUUAAUGCAUUUACUUUUUGAUAUAUAAAAUGCAAUUGAAAUCUUAAUAAUAAAAUAAUACAAUAAUUAACUGAAUAUUUCUGUAAUUAAACAAUAAAGACGAUCAUAAAUAUGAGAUACAACAACAUACAACUGCCUAGAUCUCAGAACUACUAUUAUAUUAUUAAUUAUAUAACAAGUCCAAACGCACAAAUGAUAAGUUUGGAGACGUAUAUACAUAAUGUUGAUGAUGUGAAUAUGAAAAAUAUUAUUCGUAUUUCUUUUCUCUGUGGAUAUACAUAUAAAAUCCCAGUAUACAUAUAUGUAAAUUAGAUUUUAAUUUACACAGAAUUUUUCAUAUUUAUAUCACCCUUGUAUGCUUAAUUGUAAAUAAGAAAAAUACAAAAAAAAGUAUGAGAGUCGAUAAUAUAAAAAGAUAAUUCUUAGGACACUUUACACAAGUUUGAUCCUUGGAUUUUCUACCAAGUGAUAUGACUUAUUAUUAGGAAAAAAUGAUAAAGGAUUUACAUAAAUAAAUAUUCAUUAGACUUCUAGAUAAUUAUGUCUGAAUGAAAGUAGAAUGUACGUAAGUGCGAUUUUUCUGCGAAUUAGGUCGUCCAAAAAUGUUGAAUUAGAGUAUUGAAUGAAUUAUAAUAUGACUUGAUUAAAUUUGAUAAAAUUCAAUCAAGAUGACGAGUUAUUAGUAGCGAAUUUUAACAAAAAAAAAAAAACACACAGGCUAUAAUCUUUAAUUUUAUUAGAAAUAAUAAAUUAAUCAGUAUUAAUAAAAAAG